AUGUAUGAUAAAUGUGUUUUUUAUUCAAAUGAUGGUAAAAGAGGCAUUUGGAUGCCAGACAGGAAUAUGCUAUUGCGAAAAAAAGGGAAUAAAAAAUCUAUUAUGGUGAAUAAAUUUCUUUUAGAAGAGUGUGGUCAGUUGAAACUAAGUGAAGAGGAGAUAAGGAUACACCUGAAUGUUUCUACAAAGCAAGUUAGAGAUAAAGCAAUCCCUAUCUUUGAAGCCAAAUUUCCGAAUGCAAUAGCUGUCUUUGCUUUCAACAAUAGUACAAACUAUACAGUAUACGCAGAAGAUGCUCUUAUCGCCAAAACUCAACAUAUGAUAUUCAACAAAGAUUAUGUAUUUACAGAUGAUGACGAUUAUGAUAAAACUAUGCGAGGAAAGCCAAAAGGUAUUAAGGUAGUAUUAAAAGAAAGAGGGCUUUGGAAAGAUGGGUUGCUUUUAGAAUAUAAGGUAUAUAAGGGUAAGGAAUUUUUAGGUAAUUCGCGAAUAAACUGUUGUACAAGAAAAAUCAUAGCUUCUCAACCUGAUUUUAUUACACAAAAGUCAACUGUUGUAGAAUUAAUAGAAG